AUGGUGCCAAGCAAUGUGGUAACUACUGGGAAACAGGUGACCAUCUUCUGUGAAGGGUCCUCACAUGCCAAAGAAUACCGUCUCCACAAAGAAGGAAGUCACGAUUACCUGACACCAACAACCCUUCUGGAAACUGAGAACAAGGCCAAGUUCUCAAUCUCACCAAUUCAAUGGAAUAAUGCAGGACAAUACUGGUGUUCCUAUAGAAGCCUGACUAACAAAUUACAACAAAGCGACAUCAUGGAGCUGGUGGUGACAGGAGUUAUCCUUGGUGAAGUCACACUGUCUGCCCUUCCCAGCUAUGUUGUGACUUCAGGGAGAAAUGUGACUCUUCAGUGUGCAUCACAAGUAGUAUAUGAUAGGUUCAUUCUAAUGAAGGAAGAUGAGAAGUUCUCCACUGCAAUGCCCUCAUGGAAAACAUACCCUGUACUAUGGGGAGCCAUUUUCACAUUAGGUCCUGUAACCUCAAACCAGAGAUGGAGGUUCACAUGCUAUGGAUAUUACUUGAGUAGCUCUCUGAUAUGGUCAAAGCCAAGUAACCAUUUAGAGCUCUUGGUCUCGGGGAACCUCCAGAAACCCAUCUUGUGGGCUGAGCCAGGUUCAGUGAUUGAAUCAGGAAAUUCUGUGACCAUUUGGUGUGAAGGGACCAUGGAAACUCAAAUAUAUUUCCUGUAUAAAGAAGGAAGCCCAUCAUCCUGGCUCAAACAAACUCCAAAGGAGCCUGGUAACAAGGCCAUGUUCUUCAUUGCAUUCAUGGAAAAUAAUAAUGCAGGGCAAUAUCACUGUUACUGUUACAAUUUUGGUGGGUGGUCACAGCACAGUGACACACUGGAGCUGGUGAUGACAGGUGUUCACCAUGGCAAACCUACUCUUUCAGCCUUUCCCAGUCCUAUGGUGACCUCAGGUGGAAAUGUGACCCUCUAUUGUGCCUCAUCAACAAUAUAUGAUUGGUACAUUGUGACUGGGCAAGAUUUGAAGUUCUCCAGAUUCCAGAGGGCACAGUUCAUACCCACUGAGAUGUCCCAGGCUCUGUUCUCUGAGAUCUCUGUGGCAUCUAGAAAGAAAGGGCCGUUUAGAUGUUAUGGAUUCAAUGAAAGUACUCCACAUCUGUGGUCAGAGGCCAGUAAUCCUCUGGAGAUACAUGUUUCAGGGGUUUCAAGGGAGCCCUCUCUGCUGAACCAGCAAGGCCCUGUUCUGGCCCCUGGAGAGAACCUGACACUCCGGUGUUCCUCUGAGCUCAGUUAUGACAGAUUUUCUCUAUCCAAAGAGGGUAGAAGUGACCUCCCACAGCUCUCUGUCAGCCAGUCACAGACUGGAGACAACUUCUUUUUAUAUCCUGUGGAUUUCUCUAUUGCUGGCCAAUAUAGAUGCUAUGGUGCAUCCAGAUUUUCUUCUGAGUGGUCAGCCCCCAGUGUUCCUCAAGACAUUCUGGUCACAGGACAUCCUCCUAUUACACCUAGCCUCUCAGUGCAUCCAGGCACCAUUGUGUCCUCAGGAGAGAAUGUGACCCUUCUCUGUCAAUCAUCAAUACCAAUGGACACUUUCUUUCUGUUCAAGAAAGGUGAUGCCUAUCCCUACAUGCACCAAAGAUUAAAGUUCCAAGGUCCACAAUGUAAGGCAGAAUUCUUCCUGAGUGCUGUGACCCCAAACAUUGGGGGUAUCUUUACGUGCUUUGGUUCUCAAAGCUCAUCUCCUUACCUGUUGUCACACCCCAGUGUUCCUGUGGAGAUCAAAGUUUCAGACUCUGGCAUCAGAACAAGCACAGGAAAGGAGUACAGACAAAGAUUGACUUGCAACAUCCAGAAGGAGCUGUAGAGCCAAAGAGCAUGGUUGGACACCUGCAGAAGAGGUAAAACUCAUGUCCAACAACCUAGACACCACAUGCCUGACCCAACACUGCUACUUGACACCUUCUUGUCUCUUCAGUUCCA